CGAGGCGAGGGAGUGGGCUCCGCCUCCUCUCCUUCUUCCUCCUCCUCCUCCUCCUCGCCGAUCCGCGACUCUUGCCUGCCGGUGCUCUCCACCCUCCCUGCGUACAGCGUGCGGCUCGCCUCCCGCCGGCGCCGCCGCUGCCACGACGGCCGCAGAAACAAAGGAGGAGGGAAGCGGCGGCGGCUCUACGCCUCGCAGUCCCCGGACCCUCGCUUUCCCGGCGGCGACCCGCAGCCCUCUCCGACACCCGACGCGCAGCUUCCGGCCGCCGGCACCAGCAUCGAGAUGACUCAGGAGACAAACCAGACCCCAGGGCCUAUGCUGUGUAGUACAGGAUGUGGAUUUUAUGGAAAUCCUAGGACAAACGGGAUGUGUUCUGUUUGCUACAAAGAACAUCUUCAACGGCAGCAGAACAGUGGCAGAAUCAGUCCAAUGGGACCAGCCACUGGUUCAAACAGUCCUACCUCAGACUCUACAUCUGUUCAGAGAGCAGAUACUGCUAGCUUAAACAACUGUGAUGGUGUUGCUGGCAGCACAUCUGAAAAAUCGAGAAAUGUGCCUGUUGCCGCUUUGCCUGUAACGCAGCAAAUGACAGAAAUGAGCAUUUCAAGAGAGGAAAAAGUAACACCGAAAACAGAGACUGAGCCAGUUGUUACUCAACCAACCCCAUCAGUUUCUCAGCCUAGUACUUCACAAAAUGAAGAGAAAGCUCCUGAACUUCCCAAACCAAAGAAAAACAGAUGUUUCAUGUGCAGAAAGAAGGUUGGCCUUACAGGAUUUGACUGCCGCUGUGGAAACUUAUUUUGUGGACUUCACCGUUAUUCUGACAAGCAUAACUGCCCGUAUGACUACAAAGCAGAAGCUGCAGCAAAAAUAAGGAAAGAGAAUCCCGUGGUAGUGGCUGAAAAAAUCCAGAGAAUAUAAAUGGAACUGCUUAUGAAAAGACUGACUUUUUGGUUUUGUUUAUAAUAUAUCCUAGGAAAACAUUGAAGAGCAGGUGCAUGGCCAUUUUCCUUUGAUGUUCUCCAAAGUUGUUUUGUUUUUUAGUCUUGUUUGUCUUAAUUAUAUUUCAGAAUGUUUGGUAGUUUGUUACAGGCAGGAUUGGAUAGGUACAGCCCUUGAAAAUAUGUAUGCCCUCCUUAGAAUAUAGCUGAAUGAUUAGAAACCUGCGCAGGAAUACACAUGCACAGAGGACAGACUAUUAUUUCACUUGUGCCAAACAAAUGUAUGCCAUCUGCAUGUUUGCAGCAGAUCUGCCUUUUGAAAUGUCUGAGGUAUAUAAUCUUUGGCUAGUGUUAUGUGCCUGUUUUGGAGAAGGAUACAUCAAAAAGGCUGGCAGCCUACUUUUGUCAUUAUAUAUCUCAUUCUGGUUUUAGUUGCAACACUCCAUUGUUUUCUACCAGAAUUUAAGCUAUGUAGAGAGAUCUGCCUUUCAGUAAGAUGAGUGUUGGUGCCAUAUUUAAGAAUGUAACUUAGCAGUUGCAUUGAGGAAAAAGAAGACACUUGCGAGAACACUGUUUUGGAAUCAAUUAUGUUAAGUGAAAAUUAUUCAUGCAAAGGAAGUGUCCUGUUGGGGUCUUACAAAACAGAACAGUCUGCAACAGAACUGUCAGCUUUUUCUUGCUUAGCAAAAACUGUUGUGUAGCACAAUGUUGUAAGAUUAGUUUACAAAACACGUUACAUAUGUUUUUAGACAUACCAGAACAGCUCUAUCAAACAACAUGUAUCUGAAUAAGUUGCUGAAGUAUUAGAGCGGUUUAUCACAUACUACUUACAUUCAGUGUCUUCUGAGUUCACAAUAAUACUACCAUUUUUUUCCUAGUUUUAACGUGAUGGUUGCACCACUUUGCAUGGAAAACCAUACCUGACAUAGCUACUGUAGACUUAAGUGGUAGCUGGAACCACUCUCGAAGGGCUGCUUUAUCAUUUUUAAUUGUAUUUGGGUGUAGGACUGUAGUGUUCUUGGGUGUAUUGCAUGGGCUGCAUUAUCUACAGCGUUGUACAAUAACAACUCUAGAAAAGGCAGUAUACUUCACUGAUGCUUGUCUGGUAAUAUCACUUCUGUGUUAUAAUGGAAGGUUUCUUUGUGAUGUAUGAAAUUUGUGUUUUUUAUAUAAGCAGGUACAGUUUAGACUAGUGUUGUGAUAAUGCCUGUUCUCAUCUGUAAAUAGUUACAUAUGUACACAAGAUACUACUUUUGAACUUCUGAUUUUCUUUGCAAUGUUCAGUCUUAGUUUUUAUUUCACUAUUAAAAAGUCUGUUUUUGCUUUAACAUUGUUCAGUUAUUAGAUAUGCAGACAUGUACAGAUAGUUCAUAUUUAUGUAUUGCAUAUAAUCACACUACCCAGCAGCUAUGCUUUGUUGUAUUAUGUAAAUAAUAAAAAAAUGUACAGAAGGAAAUAA